UUUCCACCUUUUGUACAUUCUGGUAACACUAAUUUGCAGAAAACAACGAUGUUGCCAUCUCUACUCUGGAAUCACAUCUCCGCCGCUGAACGCUGAAGACUGUAUUUUUUUUCGAGUGCAAUUCGACCAAUAAGAAAAUUAUUGAAUACCCAAGUACUCCCCCAAUAAGAUAAUAAUAAAUAAAAAAAGCACUGGGGCGAGGUUGUCGUUAAAGGUGUCGCGUGUGUGUCGCGUGUGUCUAUGUGUGACGUUUACAGAAAACAAAUCAAAGGGAAAAAAGAAAAGUUCGGUGGCGUCUAAAUUUUUGAGUUAAAUUAACCGUACGAGUCGAGUUGAUGGAUCGUUAGUGGCAACGCUGAUCUGAUCCGCAGAAUGCAUUUUGAUUAAAUACACCAGGCAACUAAACCACCCAACUCCCCAAAAAAAAAAAUACAACAAAUUGAGAGAAGAAUUGAGAAAAAAAAAGGGCAACGGCAAUUUGUUGCUGCCGCUGUGACAGCGACAGCGAUAACAACAAAAGAAAGCCCCGCCCCCCGACGCCACCAAAAGCAACGGUUCAUUCACAGUGGCAGUCAACAAAGCAGAAGAGGAAGAGAUUCUUGACCUGUGCCGCACUAUGUCGAUCAUAAUGUGGCGGUUGUAGAGGCCUCUUCAAGGGAAUCACAAACAAGAACAGAAGAGAUAUCAUCCGAGAAAGGAUAACCAAAAGGAAACACUAUAGACCACCACCUAGCCGGAGGCGGAGGAGGAGUUACACCAGCGACCAGUAGAGACUGAGAGACACGAGGAAGAUGACCCUGACCACCACGACCACCGCCGCAUCAGCCGAGAGCCAAGCCAAAAUGGACGUCAAGGGCGGUAGUGGAGGAGGAGGCAGUGGCGAGGAGAACCUGCCCACCUCCGAGAUGGAUCUGCUGGCCAAGCUGGAGGCGGCCAACAAGCUGAUCGAGAGCGAUGCCAAGUCUUUAAACUCUCUGCACUCCACGCACAGUCGCAAGAACUCCGACACGAGUCAGAUCAGUCUAACCUCAAGUGGAAACUCUGUGGCCGAGGAGGAUGUGUGGACCACGUGGGCCACCAUCCUCAAUGACUGGGAGGGAGCUCUGAAGCGCAAGAAUCCCUGUGUCCGGGAGUUGGUGCGACGCGGAAUUCCGCAUCAUUUCCGGGCGAUCGUGUGGCAACAGCUGAGCGGAGCUGCCGACACGGACAAGAAGCAGUAUGCGGAGUACAUUAAGGCCACCAGUGCCUGCGAGAAGGUGAUCCGACGGGACAUAGCUCGCACCUAUCCGGAGGUGGAGUUCUUCAAGGAGAAGGACGGACCCGGCCAGGAGGCGCUCUUCAAUGUGAUCAAGGCGUAUUCCCUGCACGAUCGUGAGGUCGGCUACUGUCAGGGAUCGGGAUUCAUUGUUGGGUUGCUGCUGAUGCAGAUGCCCGAGGAGGAGGCGUUCGCCGUUCUCGUCCAGAUCAUGCAACAGCACCGGAUGCGGCACAUGUUCAAGCCAUCGAUGUCGGAGCUGGGUCUGUGCAUGUACCAGCUGGAGAAUCUGGUGCAGGAGCAGAUACCCGACAUGCACAUCCACUUCCAGCAGCAGGGCUUCCAGACGACCAUGUACGCCUCCAGCUGGUUCCUCACCCUCUACACGACCACCCUGAACGUAAAUCUCAGCUGCCGGAUCAUGGACGUCUUCCUCAGCGAGGGCAUGGAGUUUAUAUUCAAGGUGGCACUAGCCCUCCUCCUCACCGGCAAGGAGACACUGCUCUGCCUGGACAUGGAGGCCAUGCUGAAGUUCUUCCAGAAGGAGCUGCCCGGCCGGGUCGAGGCCGAUGUCGAGGGCUUCUUCAAUCUGGCCUACUCCCUCAAGCUGAACACCAAGCGCAUGAAGAAGAUGGAGAAGGAGUACCAGGACCUCAAGAAGAAGGAGCAGGAGGAGAUGGUGGAGCUGCGCCGGUUGAGGCGAGAGAAUUGCCUCCUCAAGCAGCGGAAUGAGCUCCUCGAGGCGGAGAGUGCCGAGCUGGCCGAUCGCCUGGUGCGGGGUCAGGUCUCCCGGGCCGAAGAGGAGGAAACAAGCUAUGCCAUUCAAACGGAGCUGAUGCAGCUGAGGAGAUCCUACCUGGAGGUCUCCCACCAACUGGAGAACGCCAACGAGGAGGUCCGCGGCCUGAGUCUUCGUCUGCAGGAGAACAAUGUAUCCAUCGACAGUAACAACUCCCGACAGUCCUCCAUCGACGAGCUCUGCAUGAAGGAGGAGGCUCUGAAGCAGCGCGAUGAAAUGGUCUCCUGUCUGCUGGAGGAACUCGUCAAAGUCCGACAAGGACUCGCCGAAAGCGAGGAUCAGAUCAGAAACCUCAAGGCCAAGGUGGAGGAACUGGAGGAGGACAAGAAGACGUUGCGGGAAACAACGCCCGACAACUCGGUGGCCCAUCUGCAGGACGAACUGAUUGCCAGCAAGUUGCGCGAGGCGGAGGCCUCGCUGUCGCUGAAGGACCUCAAGCAGCGCGUCCAGGAACUGAGCACCCAGUGGCAGCGCCAGCUGGCCGAGAAUCAGCGCAGCGAAAGCGAACGCACCACCAACGCCGUGGACUCCACGCCCAAGAAGCUGCUGACCAACUUCUUCGACAGCUCCAAGAGCAGCGAGCACACCCAGAAACUGGAGGAGGAGCUAAUGACCACUAGGAUUCGGGAGAUGGAGACGCUAACCGAACUGAAGGAGCUGCGGCUGAAGGUUAUGGAGCUGGAGACUCAAGUUCAGGUCUCCACCAAUCAGCUGAGGCGUCAGGACGAGGAGCACAAGAAGCUCAAGGAGGAGCUGGAGAUGGCGGUGACGCGGGAGAAGGACAUGUCGAACAAGGCCCGGGAACAGCAGCAUAGAUACUCCGAUCUGGAAUCUCGCAUGAAGGACGAGCUGAUGAACGUGAAGAUCAAGUUCACGGAGCAGAGCCAAACGGUGGCCGAACUGAAACAGGAAAUAUCCCGACUGGAGACCAAGAACUCUGAGAUGCUCGCCGAGGGAGAGCUGCGCGCCAACUUGGAUGAGUCGGACAAGGUGCGGGACCUGCAGGACAGGCUGGCUGACAUGAAGGCGGAGUUGACGGCACUGAAGAGUCGUGGAAAAUUUCCGGGCACAAAACUGAGAAGUGCGUCGAUCCAAUCGAUCGAAUCGACGGAAAUCGACUUUAGCGAUCUGAACAUGAUGAGGCGUGGCAGUACGGAGCUAUCCACAUAACACACCCACGACGGAUCCCCCCCAUCCUCCCAGAAGUCAGCAGGCAUCGAGUGAGAAAUUAACAAAAUAUAUGAAUAAUAAUACUGAGGAGCGCAGGACACUACAGGAUAUAAAUCGAAAUCGAAAUAUAUACGCAGAUAUAUGUAUAUGUAUGGGAGGGAGCAGCAGCGCCGAUUUACAGUCACAGAGAUAUAUAAUAUAUCCACUCCGAUAUAUACAAUAUACUCCCCAAGCCUGUGAUCACAAAUGAAAGGAUAUAAGGAGUGGACACAGGAUGUUAUUAAGGAUCUAUGAUGGCAAUCCAAUUACAAUAUUAUUUGUGUAUAAUAUUUGUUUAAAAACUUUAUUAUUAUUAUGAUAUCAAUAUUUUAAUACGAUUAAUUUUUAAAUAAUUCCUAAUUUUUUUUUUUUUUGUAUAUUUUAUACUGUUAUGUUUUUGCGAAACAACAACAACAAAAAAAACACACUCAUAUUUAUUUAUUUUAAAAAAUGAUAUUUAGUGAAAGAGAGUUAGGCGGCAAAUGCAAUUUGGUGUGAAAAAAAAAGAUAUGAUAUCCUUAAGAUAAAGGACACCCCUAGAAACACACACACCCCCCCUCAAUGCAAUGAAUUUUAUACACACACACACACACACAUACAUAUAUGUAACACAUCCCAAAAGUAUCCUUGUAAACCAAUUUUAAUGUAAGUUUUAAGCAAAAAAAAAAAAGAAAAAAAAUUCGAAAUCGAAAUUGUUCUUUGGCCGUGUAGAGUUUUUAAAAAAAUAAUAGUAAUUGUUGGGGGGGAUAUACCCCCUAAACCAUUGAUUUUUUUGUAUUAUGAUUUCAAUACUGUGUAGAAUGAUAUUAUUACCCCCCAAAAUGUGUCUGGCAUGAAUUUUUUGUAAUGUAACUCGUAAUAAUAGUAAGGUAACUACUAUAACUAACUACUAAAUAGAAUCCGAAUCAACCAAGUGCGAAAGACAAAAGUAACAAGCGUUGCCAAAUGCCGAGAAAAGUGCAGAAACACAAAUAUUAUACAGACUAUUCAAAAUAGUUAAAAAAAAAAAAAAACGAAUUAAAAAUAAUAAUAAUCGAUAAUCGAGGGUGGAUCGACCAACCUUCCACCAUCGCAUACGAACGAUAUUCACACAAAAUUACGAUAUUCGAUUAUGAUUAGUUUACCAGGUAGCGCUUCUCUAACCCUAAAAAUCGAUAACGAAAAUAUUGAAAAAAGAAAAUCUGAAAAUGAUAAUAUUUCAUUUAAAUAUAUAUGGUUCCUUUUUAACUGUAAACCUUACCGAUUGUCGAUUAAUCGAUGAUAUCGUUUUGGCAGCUUAUCGAUAAACGAACCGAUAACCGAUAAAACAAUACAAUAAGAAUCAGGUUGAACCGUUUUUCAUGUGCAAUAUUCUAGUUUUUGUUUAUCAAGUUUUUAUUAUCAUUUUGUUACUCCCACAAGACGUCCUCAGUGUGUGUGUUUUAUAUAUAUAUUUUUUUUAUUAGGUUUGUUACUUAUACCGCUAUUAAAACCGAUUAACGAUAACGAUAACUAUAACGGAUCGAUAAACUUAAUUUUGUGUAAUUCCAUUGAUUUGCCCAUCAUGACAAACCGAUAAUUAAUUUAAAUUGUAUGAUUUCAAAAUACCUAUUGUAAAAAAAUAGUGUCACAAAAAACAAAAACACUUGUUAUGUAACCGAUAGGUGUGUGUAUUAUGCUGAAGUUUUGUUUCCGACUUAGAAUCUUUUGUUCUAUGCAAUUAAACAAUAAUUAAUUAAUAUUAUUAUAAAAUGUAAGGGCUGCCAACUAUGGGGGCAGUAUUACCAAUUAAAAGCAGUUAACAGAAUCGA